AUGAUCUGCUCCUCGUCGGCCCACAAGCCCGAGGUGCGCAUCGUUGACGUGAGCCGACUCGAAGACAAAAGCGAGCCCCAGACCAUCAUCGGUCUCUGCGCCCCGGAUCGGGAGAUGAACACGACGGCUGUACUUGUUGAAUAUGGUAAUCCCGCGUGCCCUAACGGCGGUGAUGACUCGUGGCUGAAUGAACCCCAAUUCGUCGGCUCGUUCGACGUGGGCGAUUACGUCUACUUCUUCUUCCGCGAGGUGGCGAACGAGGCGAGUCGCGACAUGAAGCGCAUCUACUCGCGGGUCGCCAGGAUCUGCAAGAAAGACCUCGGCGGGAAGACGGUCAUGCGUCAAGUCUGGACGUCGUACGUCAAAGCGCGGCUGAACUGCUCGCUGCCGGGGGAUAUCCCGGUUUCAUUUGAUCAUAUCCAGUCCGUAGCUAAAGCGGAGUUCGAGGGUGAGACGAUGUUCUACGCCGGGAUGAGCAGCUCCGACACGGCUUUUGUCUCGUCGGCAAUUUGCGUUUUUCAACUGAGGGAUAUUGAUCAUAUCUUCGACCACGGGCUAUUCGCUGAUGACCAAGGUGGUGUUGGCGCCGAUCCGAAUACCGGCCAUCGCCCAGGCACGUGCGUCCCCGACUCACCGUCGCUCGAUCCGGAAGCCCUAAAUUUCGUACGCAGCCAUCUCCUUAUGAAGGACCCGAUUUCGAGCCAGACACCUAUUUUCACGCAAAGGGAUGCCGUAUUCCACCACCUGCUCGUCGACAGCCGCCAGGAGCACAACGUCGUGUUUGCCAUCGACGCUCCCUCGUCACGCCUGUGGCGGCUGGCUCACUGGCGAGACGGCUCGGAUUGGCGUCUCGAGACGAUCGAGUCCGCCUCCGUACUAUCGCCGGUGGGAGGUGUACAGGGGAGCGCCCUGUUGCCAGGAGAAUUUCUCUACCUCACCUCCAGAAACGGUGUUGCUCAAUUCACGCCGGGAGCCUGUGGCCAGUGGAAGGCUUGUCAGCCCUGUGCCAUCGACCCGUACUGCUCGUGGAACGUCGCCCGGGCGCAGUGCCACCCACGCGAAAAGCUGCACCAUCAGAGCCCUGGCUGGGUCUCCUCGUGGGCGGGGCGAGGAGCACCGGAGUGCAAAACGGUUGGACGGCCGGUGUUGACAAAGGCUUUUCCCGGCGAUGCUGUCCACCUCGAAACGCAGCCCGGCUCCGUUUGGCUACGCGAUGGCGUCCGGAUUGAGAGUGGUCCCCGCACGGCGUUUACCUCCGAAUCGGGCCUGGUGCUCUUCGACGUCGCCAAGAAGGACAACGGCGAUUAUGAGGCCGUGGUUGAUGGACGGCAGAUUGUCAAAUAUCGAUUGAUCGUUGAUCAUGAAGACUGUGAGCAGCCGAAGACGAUCGAAUCGCUAAAGGCUGCCCAGCGACAGUACUGCAAGCGCAUGGACGGUCAUAAGAGGGCCAUGGCUGACUGGCAUAGCCAGAAGCAACAAUGCCCAAUCACGCAGAACGUCUCCGGCAACCCGUUACGA